AUGGCACCAACUGAGCUGCUGACCCGACCGGCGGAGUUAUGGCAACAAUCUACAAAUAAGAUGCACCGGUCGACUACCGACAUUUGGCGUCGGUCUACGAAUUUAUGGUACGACUCGAAACAUAUGUGUCACCAAACCACCAUGGAUGUGUGGCAUCGUUCUUCAGACUCAGUAACAAAUUCGAUGAAUCGUUGCCUCCAAUCAACGGACAAGUUGACAACUGCCGCAAAGAAACUACAGACUACGGGCAAUGAAGCGAAAGUUGUAAAUGAAGCACCAAUAGCUUCAGCAAAAAUCGAUCCUUCCACAAUACCAGCGCCUUCUCUCAUCCCUAACACUCCAUAUUCGCCCGAGUCUGUUGGGUCACCAGAGCCCACAAAGCCGCUGCCAUCCAUUCAGACAAUCCAAUAUAUACCAUACUCAAAACCAUCAUCUCGGAGCCGAUCUCAAUCUGAAUCCGACACCAACUCUACAUCAUCCAGUUCACUCUCGAUCGAUCUUGAUUUAGAUAAAAAGAAUGCAGCAGAUCAACAAACCAAAGAUCUCAUUGAAUUGACCAAAAAGAUCGAUACCGACUUGGAGCAAGCCAAACAACUAAGAGAUUCCAAGUCCUCCCAAUUAGGCGAGAUCGAGCACAACUGGAUCAACUCUACCAUCAACGACGCUAAAGACUCAAACCAAGAAAUGACUCAAAUUCUCAGCUCUUACCGCCUCAUCGCAGAAAAGCGCAAAGGAAAACUAGGCCUAUCAAGCCGCAAGCGCUGGAGAACACAAGACUGCCAACGCGUUCGAGAAAAAUACCCUCGCCUCGUGCUCCAUCAAAGCCGAUUAGAAAAGGUGCUUACCCACCUGACCACCACACCAGCUUCUCCGGACUUUUCACCCGAAGAGCCAACCGGAGCAUCAUUAUCAGAGCUUCCACUCUGCGAAGCAACAGUGAAGUCAUUGGUCGAACUUCCAGUCGAAUUUGAAGUUGCAGCAUCUUUGCCAGUGAUUGCUGAACUCCCUUCCGAGUCAUUGUUUCCCGCAAACGAACAGGGGCUCAUCGGAGAGCUACCUGCCGUUUCGAGCAGCAUUAGGCGCAAAACCAUGCUGCCAAUCCCUAGAAUCAUUGUCACUCAGGCCGUGGAGGAUUUAUCAGCGGAGCAGAGCAGAAGUAAGGAAAUGGACGAGAACGAGUUCACCAAUUAUGAAAACAAGGAGAUGGAUGAGAUGAUGGCUUGGGAGAAGACGAGAAAUGAUAUUCAAAUGCAGCAAUCCGAAUCUCUGGCUCGGAUUUUCGCUGAGAUGGAGAAGAAAUCCAUGCAUUGA